UUGUUUUUCGUUGAAAUACAGGAUGUCUGGUCUGUGAAGGUAUAUAUAUAUAAUGUACUUAAUCCCCACAAACCAUAGUGUUUCUCCACCCAUUUUCUUACUACCACGGCAAAAGGGUGUAAUUGCGCAUUCUUUGGGAACAUGGCCACCAUCGUCGGCUGGAUAAGUGAGUCCGUCCGGGUGAUUUUGAAGAUCUCUGGGCUGAAUCUGCAGUCUUUUCUUGUCUUCUGUACGGUCUUCAUUCUGGCGUGUUUCCUCUUGAAGCGCCGCAGAAACCUACCCCCCUACCCAGCAGGACGCGUGCCUGUUCUCGGGCACCUCCUCGCCUUGGGCCGAGCGCCUCACCUCAAGCUGACGGCGUGGGGGCGGCAGUACGGGGACGUCUUCACCGUCAGGAUGGGGAUGGAAGAUGUGGUGGUUCUGAACGGCUACACUGCCGUCAAGGACGCGCUCGUGGACAGGUCCGAGCUGUUCGCCUCCAGGCCGCCAAUGUACCUGCUUGAUGCGAUGGUUGAUUUUGGAAAAGACAUAAUUACUGCGCGCUGGGGACCUGAGUUCAGACAGAGAAAGAAGUUUGCCACCGCCGUCAUGAGAAAACUGGGCAUGAAGAUCGGAACUGGCAGCAUUGAGGAGAAAAUCCGAGAGGAGGCGAGCUGUCUCCGCAACAGGAUUGCAGAAUACGAUGGGGAGCCAUUUGACAUCGCCCAUGACGCCACUGUGCCUGUCGCGAACGUCAUCUGUUCCAUGGUGAUGGGGAAGCGCUAUGACUACCAGGACGAGAGGUUCCGAGAACUUACAGAAGCUCUUAACACGCUCGCGGCUGAAGCUGGAGCCGGGCAGAUCAUCAACGUCUUCCCCUUGCUACGAUUUGUUCCUGUCGUGAAUGCAGCCAUCGUUAAUGCUUUACAAGCGUUCUCGAAGGUCCAAAAUGUGAUAAAAGAGGAGAUUUCUCGCCAUCGCGAGAACCUGGAUCGCGAGAACCCGCGAGAUUUCAUCGACUUCUGCCUGCUGGAGGUUGAAAAGCAGGAGAAGGUGGAGGGUCUGACGGGGGACAUCAUGACACACAUGGCUGAAAACCUUUUCAUGGCAGGCACGGAAACCACCUCAAGCACCCUCCGAUGGAGUCUACUCUACAUGGUCCUGCACCCAACCAUCCAACGGAAGGUGCAGCAGGAGCUUGAUGCCGUUGUUGGUGGGGGUCUGCCCGCCCUGUCCCACCGAUCCCAGCUGCCCUACGUGAACGCCUGUCUGCUGGAGGUCAUGAGGAUCCGGACCGCCGCACCUUUCACGGGCCACGCCACAACAGAGACCGUCAAACUGGGGCAAUAUGACAUCCCGAAGGGAACCCAGGUACUGCUGAACCUGUACGCCAUGCACAUGGACCCCGCCCACUGGCCUGAUCCGGACCGGUUCGACCCCGAAAGGUUUCUGGACGCGGAAGGGAAUAUCAUCAACAAACCUGAGUCCUUCAUGCCUUUUUCAGGAGGCCGACGCGUGUGUCCUGGAGAGCAGCUGGCCAGGAUGGAGCUUUUCCUGUUCUUCUCGACCCUGCUGCAGUCCUUCAGCUUCAGGACGCCAGAGGGCGCUCCUCCUCCAACAACUGACGGCGUCUUUGGUGCAAAUUUCACCCCGCGUCCAUUUCAGCUUUGUGCUAUCCUGCGUUAGUUUUUAUAUCCGAUAUGGGAAAAAUGACGCGAACCAUCUGAUUUCAACUAUGUGAAUGAAGGUUAAUUUGCAUAAUUAAUGAAAAAUUAUUACAAUUGUAUAGUGGUAUAGGGAAUUCAAUACUUGCUAUAUUUGGGAGAUCAGUAAAGGUGAACAUUACUAUACAUAUUUUAUUCCAAUCAGGACCUAAUUUACAUUCUUUUGAGGGACUGCUAGUCUAAGAAUAGCUAAGAAUAAUUAUGUCAAGAAUCACUUUAGCUACCUACAUACCAAAAUGCUGAUCCGUCAA